AUGACACAGAGCCUGUCGGGCCCGCGCACUCUUGGCAAAGUUUCAGUGCGACGAGAGGCGCCGGGCGCUCCAUGGCCGCGCCGUAACGGGGACCCAGCCGCCUCCCCGCCCAGCCCAGCCCAGCCCUUCCGCCCGCCCAGGAUGGAGGCGUCCGCCAGCGCGCAGACCCCGCACCCGCACGAGCCCAUCAGCUUCGGCAUCGACCAGAUUCUCAACAGCCCGGACCAGGACAGCGCACCGGCCCCGCGGGGCCCCGACGGCGCCAGCUACCUAGGAGGGCCCCCCGGGGGCCGCCCGGGCGCCACAUACCCGUCUCUGCCCACCUCCUUUGCCGGCCUCGGCGCGCCCUUCGAGGACGCGGGAUCUUACAGUGUCAACCUGAGCCUGGCGCCCGCCGGCGUGAUCCGGGUGCCAGCGCACAGGCCGCUGCCCGGGGCUGUGCCGCCGCCUCUGCCUAGCGCGCUGCCUGCCAUGCCCUCCGUGCCCACGGUCUCCAGCCUGGGCGGCCUCAAUUUCCCCUGGAUGGAGAGCAGCCGCCGCUUCGUAAAAGACCGUUUCACAGCGGCGGCGGCGCUCACGCCCUUCACCGUGACCCGGCGCAUCGGCCACCCUUACCAGAACAGGACGCCGCCCAAGCGUAAGAAGCCGCGCACGUCCUUUUCUCGGGUGCAGAUUUGCGAGCUGGAAAAGCGCUUCCACCGCCAGAAGUACCUGGCUUCGGCCGAGAGGGCGGCGCUCGCCAAGUCCCUCAAAAUGACGGACGCGCAGGUCAAGACCUGGUUCCAAAACCGGAGGACCAAGUGGCGGCGGCAGACGGCGGAGGAGCGGGAGGCGGAGCGGCAGCAGGCGAGCCGGCUCAUGCUGCAGCUGCAACACGACGCCUUCCAAAAGAGCCUCAACGACUCUAUCCAGCCCGACCCGCUCUGUCUGCACAACUCGUCGCUCUUUGCUCUGCAGAAUCUGCAGCCCUGGGAGGAGGAUAGCUCCAAGGUCCCGGCAGUCACCUCUCUGGUGUGA